AUGCCGGCCGUCGAAACCCCCGUUACGUCUUCAGAAAUUGGUCUCGCCAAGAUGGAAGACCGCAAGAGGCCCGCCGCGGACAACAAUGAGUCGGCCCCGCCGUCCAAGAAACAGGCCACCACGGCUAACGGUGGUGCAAAGCCUCACCCGGAUGCUGACAUGCCAUGGAAAGACGAUUUGGAACGGUUUCAAAAAGAAGCGAUACUGCGUCAAAUGGCAGAAUAUAGACGGGAGCGAAAUACUCUGGAAGCGCAGCUCAAGAAGAUGUCUCAAGCUGCCACGUUCCAUAAUGACCACCUCCGCGUAAUCGAUGCGUGGUUUAAACAGUUAAUCGACGAAAUUAAAUUACUUCUUGGAUCAUCCCAACCUGAGGAUCAAGAAAGCUCGUUCAAAAGCUCACUGCAGUUUGAGGACGCGGAAGAGUUCCAAUCUCAUCUGACAGCCCGAUCGGAGGAUAUUCGCGCAAUAAUUUCCCAGGUCCAGGCCAAUGCCAGCGAUGCGCCCACUGAGCUUUCAGAGGUACAGAGCCGCCUCGCCAAGAAGCUAUCGGAAGAGAAGGUCACCAUCGCCAAACUCGAAAAGGCCCUCGCCGAGAAGCAGCAGGUGGAGGAUUGUCUGGAAGCCGCUGCCUCCAGGUACAUGAGGGCUGAACAGAAGUUGGACCGUGCCAAGAGCGUUACCGUUGCGAAGUUAGAGAAACAACAACUCAUGGGAAGUCAGCAAUCUGGGGAGUCGACGCAAUCGAAACAAGAGGAGGCAUCCCCAGCCAACGGUGCCACCCCCGUAUCGGACCGUAACCCCGAAUUGGAGGAGGCUCACGCCAAGCUUAAAGCGACUUCAGAUAAGCAAAGGGAGCAACUGGAAAAGCUGGAGGCCGAGAAUGCUAGGCUGCUUAGCCAAAUCACCGAAAGCAAAGUCAAGUCUUCGAAAUUCACAGAUGACGACUACGCACAUACGGAUCUGUUCAAACACCUCCGAUCACAACACGACGAUGUAGUUAAGCGCAUCAACCACCUCGAAGCGACAAAUGUCCAACUUCGCGAAGAAGCAGAGAAAUACCGAUCAGAACGAACUGCGUACAAAAUGCAGCUUGAAAAUGAAACUUCAAGUACAAUCGCGGAAAAAGAGGCACAACUAAUGAGGGCUGAAACCGAUCUUGCCAGGAUACGCAAUGCUCGUGAUGAACUACUGGCUGAUCAGCAAAUGAGAAAGGCAGCCCAGGAUCAAGAGAAAACCUCGGGUCUGAAGUUACAAGAAUUAGCUGAUGCCCGCGAGGCGCGAAUCACGGCUCUGGAGUCGGAAAGUCAGCGUUUACGACUUCAGAUCGAGGGGUCGAAAUCAGACGAAAACAUUAACGACAUGCCGCUCGAGGAGCUUCGCGCAAAGUACACCAGUUUGGACCGCCAAUACUCUAUGCUCAACACCGAAUUGACAUCCAUGCAAUCGGCAUACAAGAAGUUUGCCACACUUGCAUCUCAAAAGGUCACCGACUUCGGGGCGAUGGAGGAGAAGGUUGCACGAUUAACGGCGGAGAAGUCUAAAGCAGAUCAGAAAUUCUUCGCUGCAAUGAAGAGUAAAGAAGCGCGGGACGUGGAGGUCCGCACUUUAAGGAUGCAAAGCUCGAAGACGUCUGAUAUUGUGUCUCAAUUGAAGGAAUCCGAGGCAAGCACUCGCUCGCUUGUUACCAACAUGGACAAGCAGGCCAGUGAGACCAAGGAGGCCUUAAACGCAGCCAUGGCGAAGCAACGUGCCAUUCAACAGCAGUUGACUGAGACUACCAUCCUCACUGAAGGGUUGAAGAAUCAGGUAGCAGAACUCAAGGCACUUUCUGUGUCCAAAGACUCCACCCUGGGAGCCACAAAUUCUUCGUUGCGUCAAGCAGAGACAGAAGUCGCUGCUCUCAAGCAAUCUCUUUCUGAUACCAAGAAAAGCUUGGAGAACUGGAAGAGCAAGAGUCUUGGCAACUCGUCCGCUGAGUAUGAAGGAUUACGGUCACUGGCAUUGUGCACAGUAUGCCGAUCCAAUUUCAAGAACACGGCGAUCAAAACAUGCGGUCAUGUCUUCUGCAAAGAUUGUGUCGAGGAACGGCUCACCUCUCGAUCCCGCAAGUGCCCUAACUGCGGCAAAUCCUUCGGCAGCAACGAUCACAUGCAUGUCACCUUGUGA